AUGCCGCCCCCGCAUUACGACUUCCUCAUCAAGCUCCUGCUUAUUGGAGACUCAGGUGUUGGGAAAUCAUGUCUUCUGCUACGAUUCUGUGACGACGCAUGGACGCCCUCCUUCAUCACGACCAUCGGCAUUGAUUUCAAGAUUCGCACCAUCGAGCUGGACGGGAAGCGGAUAAAGCUGCAGAUUUGGGAUACGGCUGGCCAGGAACGCUUUAGAACGAUCACAACAGCAUACUACCGGGGUGCCAUGGGUAUCCUCCUCGUAUACGAUGUCACGGAUGAGCGAUCAUUCAACAACAUCCGUACGUGGCACGCCAACAUCGAACAGCACGCAUCGGAGGGAGUGAACAAGAUCCUGAUCGGCAACAAAUCCGACUGGACAGACAAGCGCGCCGUCACCGAAGAGCAGGGCCGGGAGCUCGCGAACGAGCUGGGUAUCAAGUUCAUGGAGACGUCGGCCAAAGUCAAUGAGGGUGUAGAGGAGGCUUUCUUCACAUUAGCGCGCGACAUCAAGACACGGCUGAUCGACUCCCAGGCCGAUGCAGCUGGGUCGCCUGGCGGUGCGACGGGUGCACAGGGCUCUGUUCAAGUCAACCAGCCCGCCAAUACCUCGUCCCCUGGCUGCUGCACGUAG